AUGACUUUACUAGUGUCUAUCUUCCUGCUCGCCUUCCUCCCAGCUGAAUCCGCAAGCAGCAGAUACCCCCCCAAGGCAGCAAGUAACCCGGUGUUCGGACCUCGGCAGGUAUACGGUCUGCUCAAUGGGACGGUUACCGUGAAAUGCUUUUACCCUCCCACCCGUGUGAACAGACACGACAGAAAGUAUUGGUGCAGGGAGUCGGCCACGGGCUGCAUGACCGUUGUCUCCACCAGCGGCUACACUGCUCCAGGCUACCAAGGCAGACCCUUCAUCACUGACUAUCCACAGGCGGAAAACUUCCAGAUUAACCUCUCCGAGCUUACAAUGGCAGACGCAGGCACCUACCAGUGCGGUAUUGGCAUCAAUGGCAGAGGGCUUUCCCAUAAAGUCAGUCUGGAUGUUUAUAAAGGUCCACACGUACCCGAGGGAGCUGAGCUCUUCUACGUGAAGCUGCACAGCACUUUGACCAUGUCCUGCAGCUUCAGCAAGGAGAAUGAGAGCAUGAGGAAAUUCUUGUGCAAGAUGGAGAAAAGCGGCUGCCGUGAAAUUGUCGAUAGUCACGGGAAAGUUGAUGCGGAUUACAGAGGGCGAGUUCUGCUGAGCAACGACGAGUCUCCAGGCUCCUUCAGAAUCGUGAUGACUCACAUGGGCUGGGAGGACUCUGGCUUGUACCUGUGCGGGGUCGGCUCCUAUGGGGAGGACGGAGAAACAAAGGAGCUGGACGUGCAUGUCUAUGAGGAGACAAAUGUUCCUCAAGGAAAGCCCACAAUAAUUGGAGUAAAUGGAAGUUCAGCAACUUUUGAAUGCAACUAUGAGCCUCUAAAACGGUCCUUAGUGAAGUACUGGUGCAAGUGGAGACAGAAUGGGUGUGCUCGGAUCAUAGACAACUCCGGGUAUGUGGCACGCUUGUAUGAAGGAAGAGUGGCCAUGUACGAUACUCCGAAUAACAAGACGAUCACCAUCAUCCUGACCCAGCUGAAGGGCAGUGACGAAGGCUAUUACUGGUGCAUGACAAACGAGGAGAAGGAGCAGCAAUCAUCAACUGAGCUGAAGAUCAUAGACGGAGAACCUGGACUGAAGGGAAAGAAGGAAGUGAACGCACAAGUGGGUUCACAGGUCGAUUUAACUUGCUCUUACCCCUGCAAGUACUACUCCUACCAAAAGUACUGGUGCAGGUGGAGCAGCACCAGCUGCACCCCCAUGCCCGCUUCUGACCAGAGGCAGCCGGGGCCGGGCGUUGCCUGUGACGCUGACAACAAGACGGUUAUCCUAAGCUUUGACUCGGUGACGAAGGAAGACCAAGGGUGGUACUGGUGUGGAGUGAAGCGUGAUGGCCUCUUCGGGGAAACCAUGGCAGUCUACCUGCGGGUGACUGAAGGAAGCGGUGCUGACCGCAGCCUAGAGCCCCUGGACAUCGAUGCCCCCAGCGAUGCCAAGGCCCCCAGCCCUGCCAGGACGGCUUUAUUCCCCAAGGAAGAGCCUACAGCGACGCUGAGGUGCAAAGCGCAGCUGCCUCGGAAAGCUCUGACCAAAGCCAUGGCCCGUAUACUCGUUUUAGUCCUGGGCCCUGUUGGUGCUGUGCUCCUGAUCCUCGUGACGGCUUUUGCCGUCUUUAAAUACAGGCAGCUGAAGAGAUCUGACCUGGUGUCCGUCGGGAGCUACAGGACGAACAUCAGCAUGUCGGACUUCGACAGCGUGAAGGAGUACGGCGCAAGCAAUAACGCCUGCGCGAAAGAGAGCCAGGAGACGCGCAUGGGAGGGGACGCAGAGACAAUAAUGCGGUACACCGUCAGCCCCAAGCAGCAUCAGGUUGUAACCAGCUCCAAGGAGGAUGCUGACCUUGCCUACUCCACCUUCCUCCUCACCUCCAGCAGCAUCGUGCAGGGCGGCUCCGGGGGAGACAGCGCUGCCCAGGACGUGUCCCCCCCAAAAUGGGAGGGCCAGAUCUGA